UCCUUAAGUAUGGUAAAGGUUUUCCGUUGCAAAAGUUUUGCAACGGAAACCUCCUAAUGAAUACACGCCAGGUGAUGUCAUGUUUUGUGGAUCAUGUGAUUUGGCUGUGUGAAGAAUGGCUGACCAAGCGGUGACUACUGAGAGAGGUUUGUUUUUUGGCUGCAGACUGGCUCAGCGAAUACUGAUGUUUCUUGGUAUUCAUAGUCUUUUCUACAAUUUGUUGAGUGUCCUGGACAGAACGUUGAGGUCCUGGACUUCCACGGCAUGGAUCACCAGCUGGCUGCCCUCCUGGUGCCCCACCUCCCAGAACCAGCUCAAGACUGCAGAGGAGAAGAUGCUGCAAUGCAUCACAGGCAAGGUGUCCCAGCAGUAUGUCCCAAUCUCGGAUGGUAACAUGCUGUGGACCCUCACAUUGAAUGGAAACAUGAAGAACCAGACUCCCCUGGUGCUGCUGCAUGGCUUCGGUGGAGGGGUGGGCCUGUGGGCCCUCAACCUAGACGCCCUGGCCCAACAGAGGCCCGUCUAUGCCUUUGACCUGCUGGGCUUCGGCCAGAGCAGCAGGCCCUACUUCAGCUCCGACGCCAAGGAGGCUGAGGCCCAGUUUGUGGACUCCAUCGAGCAGUGGAGGGCUAAAGUCGGCCUGGAAGCCAUGGUCAUGCUGGGACAUAACUUUGGAGGUUAUUUGGCAGCUGCUUAUUCGCUCAAGUAUCCCACCAGGGUAAAGCACAUGGUGCUGGUUGAGCCGUGGGGCUUACCUGAGCGUCCAGACACAGAAGACCAGGACAGGCCCACCCCCGUGUGGAUCAAAGCCCUGGGAGCCAUGUUGAGCCCGUUCAACCCCCUGGCAGGGCUACGACUGGUGGGGCCACUGGGUCCCACACUUGUUUCAGCUCUAAGACCAGACUUCAAGAAGAAAUACUUGUCCAUGUUCAACGACGAUACGGUCACAGAGUAUAUCUAUCACCUGAAUGUCCAGACUCCCAGUGGUGAGACAGCCUUCAAGAACAUGACCAUCCCAUACGGGUGGGCCAAGAGGCCUAUGCUGCAGAGGAUUGGCCUGCUCCAUGCUGACAUCCCUAUUACGGUGAUAUAUGGGUCACGCUCCAGCAUCGACGGUAACUCGGGCAACGCUAUCAAAGAAAUGAGGCCAAACUCUCAUGUGGAGAUCAUAGCUAUCAGAGGAGCGGGCCACUACGUCUAUGCUGACCAGCCAGAGGACUUCAACCACAGAGUGCUUCAGGUCCUCAGUAGUAGACCUACCACCACCAGCACAGCAGACCUGCUAACUAGGGAAGGACCCCGUGUUGAAAAGAUGAUUCUCCUGGAUUGUUUGGUUUGACACUUUUUUAUUCAUUCUACUGACAAAAGAGAAUGGCUCAUAGUUGUUACUGCUUGUUGUGAUUUUGGUCAUUUUGUGAUGAGUGUGUCAGCUUUUAAUCUGCUGUUUUAAGAAAUGUGAUUCUCAGAACGAUACAGACUACAAUUUGACCACUUGUGGAUUAUUCUCAUUCUGUCAAAGAUCCUUUGUGAGAUUAUUUAGAAAUGUGUCAUUUGCGUCAUAACAGCUCAUGUAGAUAUGACCACGGACCAUAGAGUUUUCAUUUAAAAACACAUGAUUGUGGAACUUCUAGACCUCUGGUUUUGCUGAUGGGCUCCUGAGUGGCACAGUGGUCUAAGGCACUUCAUCUCAGUGCUUCAUCUCAGUUCCAGGCUGUAUCACAACCGGCCGUGAUUGGCAGUCCCGUAGGGAGGCGCACCAUUGGCCCAGCGUCGUUAGGGUUUGGCCGGGGUAGGCCGUCAUUGCAAAUAAGAAUUUCUUCUUAACUGACUUGCGUAGUUAAGGUUAAAUAAAUCCCAAAUAUAAAAAGAUGUCCCCAUGACAACCGAAGUGCCUUUUUAAUGACCUAGUAUGUGACCAGGGACUACAGUCAUUGCUGCUGCUUUUUGGUCUUGUCUUUUUAUGGGUCCUUUUGCAAGUGGUCGUUUUCACUUCAAGAUGUUCUAAUUAUGUUCUCAUUCAUAGUGUUUUGGCUCUUGUUGUGGUCUAGUGUUAAAAUAAUCCACGUAUUAAUAGCUAGCGUGUGCAGGUGAAGGAAAACGCAGCAUCAGAAUCUAGUAAUUGAAGAUAACUACUCCAUUCUUCUCAGCUGCCAUUGUGGGGAAAGAAGGUUCGGCCUCAAUAAAUCCCAUUCAUUCAUUGCAACAGUAUUUGAUAGUAUUAUUAGGCACCUGUCCAGGGUGUCUGGAAAAGCACAGUAUCUAGGUCUAAGAUCAGUUAGCAUAGCUAUAGCAGCCUGUCCUCUUAUUUCAUAUAGGUGGCAGCUAAUAUCUCUGUGUGUGAAGUUGCAGAUUGGGUGAGUUACUUAGACUUUUACAGCCACUUUACCCAGUGCACCGUUUACUAGAUGUGCUGAGCCCAAGGAUAAGGUUUGAUUAACUCCUGAACAUGUGGAUGCCUUUGUAUUGUUGUCCUGUAUAUCAUUGUAAGUCUCCAAUCACAAGUCAAUUACCGUGGGGAAGAACAAAUGGUGCUUCUCUAUUCAUGUAUUGUAAAAUACCUGUAAAUAAUAAAGAUUAUAUUAUGAUUUCCGUGG